AUGAAGGCUCAAACCCAGGACCUCCGUUUAAAGCCCAGGACACCCAGCGGUGCUUGGCACCUUGGCGGCUUCUGCUUCGGCCAGGCCACGGGGGAUGCGACAAAGGCAGCCGAGGUCAGGGCUCACGUGGAGUGGGAAGGCCAGCGAGGUUUGAAUGAGAUGGGGCCGGUGAAGCUCGUGGCGUUCGACGCGCGAGAGCAGCGUUGGGGUGCCGUGCGGGACACUUGGGGGAAAGAGGCCUGCGAGGACAAGAUCGACUCCGCCAACAUGGUGCGCCUGCUCAACAAGACCAAGGUCAAGUUCAACUUCCGCAUCCAGGUGCACCAGACCAGUGCCCCUCGCGACUGGCACUUCGCACUCUUGACAUGUGGUGAGGUGGAGCAGGCACCUAUGGUGCUGCGUUUGGAAGCGACGAAGGGCGCAUUGAACAUGUUCGCGGCGAACUCCAAUUUCGACUCCUCCAGCUGUCCCGUCACGAAUGCCUCUUGGUUCGCAGCCGCCAGUGACGAUGCAGGGUUUUGGGUGCUCCUCGUGGGGGCUCUCUUGCUGGGGGCCAGCUCGGUUCUGUGCGUACUCGUGUGCCGGCAAUUUCGUGCCAAAGGGAAGGGCGAGAAGAGCAGCCUCCAACUUCCUCCUCCGGCAGUCAGUGGUGCGGAGCCCGUCAUCGGCAGGCCUUGUGCGGCGGUUGGUGAGGAGAAGAUUGUGGACGGCCAGAUCAGAGCCAACCCACAGCUAAGUGAGGCAGCCACUGCCAACAGCUCUGAGAUGGCAUCUCCAGAGAGCGAUGUCUAG